AGCAACAGCCUCCGCCUCCUGCCAGCGGGCUCGUCGCACCAGCCUGCGCUUGCGGCGGCAGCGGGGCUCCCCUGGCCUGCGCCCCGGCUCUGCAGGCUCUAGGGGAGGCGGGCAGGAGAGUGGGAAUGGACAAUAGAUAGACUGCUAGUUGUACUCCAUGCCAAGCAUGUCUUCAGUCAGGAAUGUACCUUCUGGGGCUGCUGCCCACACUGAGACCAUUGUUAAAAUAAUUGGGAGCAAGUACGUCCGGUACACAGUAGAAAAACCAAUAAUCAAGGCAAAGGAGGGCAUGAAAGUGGAAACUCAGUCUGCACUCCAGAAAUUGCCCGCUUGUAAUACAAGACAGACACAUGGAAAUUCUCCAGGUCUCAAUAACCCUCUUUAUCAACAAAUCAAUUAUGACCGAGCUUAUGAAAGACGGAACACAGACAAACAAGAUGAACACGAGCCUAAACAAGCGCAAACAAGCAAUAGCAGAUUUUUGGAUGGCAAAGGUUUAAAGCCACCAAAUAUUCACUGUGUGUCUGUCCCGUCGGGAGAUCAGUCCUUGUCCUACAUUCAUGCCCGCCAAAAGCCAUCGCUUAGAACUUGGUCUUUAGGACAACAUCUAGGACAUCACCAGACUAUAUGCCAAGGGCCAACCGAGUCACCUGAGGAGGAAGAUUCUCUCCUGACUCUUGUCAGAAAGGAACUCAGGCAGGGUCCUUUCAGGUUAGCCGAAUUAGAAGAGCUGCAGAGAGAGCUCAAGACUGUGGACCCCUUCUCAGCAUUUCUUUCUCAGUCACAGCUGAGCGCCCUCCUUCUGAAGCAUGAAGUCCCUCUACAAUUACCAACUGUCAAGCUCCUCUUUCAGAGGUUUUCUAAGUCAAGUGACUCUAAAUGGGUAAAUUCUGAAAAGCUGAUUCAGUUUCUAAGCCUAGCUACAGCAGCUGAAAUACAGAAUAUCAAGACACGUGAUCUAGGUCUUCAAGCAAAGAGUCUAACUUUCAAGGAUCUAAGAAAAAGCUCCCAGGCUCCUGAAGACCCAUUACAGAUCUUGAAGCAAAUAUUGAAGGAAUAUAAAGGAGAACUGGACAUAGAGAAAUUGAGUUUGAGUUUUCAAAAAGAAGAUAAGUCCUUCUCUGGCCUCCUUUCUCUAAAUGAGAUUGAGACCAUUUGCUGGAAGCACAGACUAACCCCAACUCCUUCAUUGCUGGAAGCUUUUCUCAACAGUCAUGAUUUGUGCAAACAAGGCAAAAUAAAAUGGAAGAAGUUUGUGGAGUUGCUCAAGAAAGCUCAUUCCACUGUGACUCCUAAUUUGUCUGUUCCUGUGGGGGAAUUCCAAGAGGAAAUCGGCAAUGCUGUGGCUGCCCGUCUGGAAAAUACCAAAGAUCAUGAAAUUCUUGCUUCCAACACUUUGGCUCAAAACUAUCCUGCCAUGGAAGGAAAAGAAAGACCAGCAAUCCAGGCUCUCCUCAAUCAGACUGACUCCAGUGACUCUGAAGAACAGGAAGCUUGGAUAGACCGGUUCAGAAAACUAGAGAGAGCUCUUUAUUUGUGUGAUGUAAAAAACACAGGCAUGCUGGAAAAGGAUAAAGCAAAGCGCCUCAUCCACAACUACAACCUCAUCUACGAUCUAGCUCUGAGUCCUCUGAAAAUUGAUCAAGCCUUCCGAAAUUUCCGUUCUGGUGAAAACAUGCCAUUGCAGCCAGUACUGCAGUAUUUAAAAGAGUUGUAACAAGUACUUACUAAACCUUUCUCAUGAGUUCUGUUUUUCACCCAAUGACAAAUUUCUUGAGAACUGAAUGUUGGUGAUGUCAUAAUUACUACAGCAAAUUAAUAAACUUCUCCAUACUCUAAAAAGGAGGAAGCAAAAAUAGAAACAGCUUCAUCUUACAUAUCAGUGAUAUUUUAAUAGAGUUGCAGGGUUUGAAAUAAAACUAAAUGGCCAUAUAGAGUCAGGGCUUUGUCUCUGAUUCUCAGUGAUGAGUUCAAGCUUCAGAAUUCAGAGAGAGAUGUAUUUCUGGAUUUGUAACUCCAAAGUCUGAAAAUAUCUGGAUUGGAAUUCUAGCUUCCACCCAUUAUAAAGAUUUUGAACACCACACAGGUGUUCAAAUCUGGGUCCCAUCGCUGUUGACUAUGGUAAUAAAUUGAUUGUUAAAUGAUUUCAAUGAAAUUUUAAAUCAAGGAAAUGGGAGUAGGGAGGUCACAUUUAAGAACAUCCACCUGUUUGAAAGAUUCUACUAGUUCUAAAGGAAUUCCCCAUAUUAAAAACAAAGCUCUGUCUAGAACCAGUUGAUUCUUUCAAACCAGUGUAACUUUUUAUGCACAUCCACUGUAGGUCAUUCAAUCAGGCUAUAAACUAUAGUCUUCAUAUACUAACAUUGCAGGAAUAAGCAAGCAAGACUCACCCAAGUGCCUUAAUGAUUUAAUUUUCCUUAACUUCAUCUUAAUGCCAUUGUCUGUCACCCAACCCCUCUCCCUGAUGCUCGUUCCUGUUCUUGUCUAUAGAGACAAAUUCUGAAACCCUUAGCAUGAGCCUCAAUUGGACUUAAACACAUGCUAAAAGUUAAGCAUAUGUAUAAGUGUCCACCCCAGGUAGGGAUGUUUUAUGGGAUCAGGUCAUUGCAUAUUCCAUGAGUAGCCACUGGGAUACUGUACUUCUGGGAAUGUGUAUUAUACGUGGUAGUGAGUGGCUGCAGCAUCAUGCUCAUAGACUAAAUUUUUUGGAGGGGGGAAUCUUCAGAGCUUCAUACAUAUCAACUGUGCAAUGUAGCUAUAAUAAUAGGUGACAGAGGUGCCUGUUUUGCUUAAUUUAUAACAUGUUGGUGAAUUGUGUGAUGUUUUCUUGGGCAAGCUCUAGUAGUCAUAUUCUUUAUCUGCAUAAAGUUUCAUAUGUGUCAUUGUUAGGUCGUGAACAUUUAAGAUUCAAGAUUGGGGUUUUCAAAGCAGUUUAGGAGAGGUAGGUGCCCAAGUCUCAUUAAAUUCCAGUUGGAAUUCUCAGCCUAAAGACUUGUGUUGACUGAAAGAAACAAUGUUACUGAUACUUAAAUUACGUGGUUGCUCAAUGUAUUGGAGAGUUCUAUAUUUGGCAUUUUAAAACUGUUUUAGACCCAGAAAUUAUGAUUAUAACUAUGCUUUCCCUGCUGCCUCUUUAUAAAACACAGAUGUUCUUGUCCCAGAGUGAAUACCUCUAACUUGUAUGAAAAUGUACAUGUUCUGUUAUGCAGCCAUGUGACAUUCUUAUCUAAGAAAUAGUCCUUUAAACCUUAUGCUUGAGUGGUUGUCUACCUGUGUUUCUCUGCUAGGUACUUUGAAAACAAGGUUUCAUAUUUUUGGCUUUAGAGUGUACAGAUUUGGGAUAGGUAUGAGCACUGAGCACUCAUUGUGGGCUUGGAGUAGGGCUUUCGCCGGUGGAAUGGGAACACUUUUACUAGUGAGGGUACUAAAAGCCAGCCCCCUUGCUCCUGUCUGUCCCCCUCUCAGCUAGGGGCAGGUGCAGGGACCAGGGGAAGCAGGUAAAGUAGGUAUGGAAAGCAUUGCCUUCCUAAAACUGCCCUACGGCUGCCCAACAGAUACAACUGAAUCUACACUGCCCAGCAGCCGGGGAGGGCUAGGCCAAUGGUACAGCAGCCCUGGCCAUCUGGAUGACCAGGAAGGAAUGGGCUUGAGGGUUGGGGUUGGGCAGGGCUUGGCUUGGGAGGGGGAGAUUGUUGAAGGAGUGUGGUCUCGGAAAGAGUUGCAGCUUUGGGCAGAAGAGGCAGGAUUGGAGGAGAUUGUUGAAGGGGCAUGGUCUCAAGGAGAGGUAUGGCUUUGGGCAGAAGAGACGGGGCUUGGUCUUGCCUUCUCGAGCUGGGCCUUCACCUGCCACCCAUGGUAGGGACCCCAAGCACUGAGCCACAUGGCAGCCAAGAUCCUGGAGGGAAACCAGACCAUGUGUCAGCCAGGACCUGGGGCAGGAGUAGUUCAGCAGCUGGGACUCGGCACUGGGCCAGCAGCAGAGCCCCAGGUAAGAGCUGAGAGUUCUGCAGCACCUCCCCACCCUUGAUUCCCAUGUCUAUGUCUAUCACUCGGACUUAGCCUCUCCACUGACCCAUGUGGAUACUGCGCUCCCACAAGGGAGUGGUUCACAAAUUGAACUGUAGAAAUAAGAGGUGGAAAAGACUUACAUCCCAGUUCUUCUAAAGUAAUGUAUGCACUGUUCUGCUCUGCAUUGCAAGGCAUGUGGGACUUGAAUGGCAGAGUCCCAUUUUCCAAAAGUGACUGAAGCGUUUAACCAUUUACAUCACGCGGGCCUUGCAAUGCUGAAUGGCGCAAUGCCAUAAUCCCUUCAAAAUCUGGGUCCCAGGCCUAAUGCUGUCAGUCAAGAGUAGCGCCACUGAAGGUAACACCAGUGUAAGCCAGACGUGAGACUGGAACCGCCCUGAUAAAGCCCAUUGUCAUGUGAGCCUCCCUUUGGCCUGUACACUUUGAUUUCCAGUCUUUGUCUUGUUCUUGUUUCAAGUGGGUUGGAUGAUGGGUCUCAAUUGUUGGGAAAUUAUUGCUGUGGCUUAUAGAUCUCCUCAUUCAACAACUUUCCUUGAUAUACAACCUACAUUUCCCUUGCUUAGCGCACACUCCUGUGACUGUCAGGCAUGUGGGCCAGCCUAAAGAAUUCCCUUCUUUGCAUGGUGUUUGUAUCUUUCAUAUACUUGUACUGCUUCUAAUGUUUCCUCAUUAGUCCAUUCCUCUAGGACCCUUAAUUGCUGUGAAUUCCCAGUUCAGAGACCACAGUUGCAUCAUUUCUUCUAACAGGCAGCUGCCAUGUGGCAAUUAAGACAACAGAACAUAGGAAUAAUGAGUCUAAAGCUCCCAUAGAUUUACGUCCUCCACUUUUCACACAUCGGGGCUAGCGUCUCUGCAGCUUUUACUAUCCAGCGGGCUUUAUGCUGUAUUCACCAGUUGCAUUGCAGUGGUUCUUACCCCAGCUGCAACUGGUGUGGGGGCGGGGACAGAGUUGAGGGGAGCUGGCUGGCCGCUUCAUCUCUUCUCUGGAUGACCACCUACAUUCUUCCUCUCCCCCCCUUUCAUGACUCCACCUACUGACUCCAGAAAUGCCCUCUCCUCAUCGGUCUUCAUGCCGUUUCCCAGGUCCACCUCCUUUCCUUCCUUCUUCCCAGUCAGAUCCUUCUCCCUUCCUACCUGGUCUAUGACCCAUGCUGCAUGCCGCCUUUUCCUGCUUUUUUUUUUGCACAUUUACCCCUAUUCUUUGAUGCGUUGCACAGGCAUUGGCCUCACAACUCUUGACUUGUGGGUAUGUCACGUGGCCACAAAACAAGAAUUACUUUUUGCCUAUCAUCACUGAGCCCAAUCCAACUCCCACGGAAGUCAUUGACUGCAGCACAUGUAACUCUGCAGGAGACCUCUCUUUAUACCAGUGGCUCCAUUGAUGGUGUUUAGAUCACAUUGUAAGAAAUACUCAAUGUUCCAAAAAGUGGGUUUUCAAAUUGAAAUCACAAAUUUUGUUCAGUAAGGAUUUGAUUGCAGACACCCACACACAUCUUGACAGACAAAAAGUCCUUUUUGAUGCCCAUGUUUAAUGUUAAUAUUUUCUGUUCCUUUCAUUUUGUUACAUGUUCUUUCUCUCCCGUCUCCAGUAUUUUUUAAGGGCAGUCCUUACCCUCCAAAGCAUUUGGCAGGAGUUACUUUUACCUACCACUAUAAUGCAGCCAGUACUGGGGCAAAAGAUAGUAGCUGAUUAGGAGCACUACAGAACAUCUUAUAAACUAAGGCUAUGUCUGCGCUAGCAAGGUUUGACAAUGAUAUUGCUGUUGACUGGUAGGAAUCGCCAUAACUGGAAAUCCAUCAAACUGGUUUUUCUGGUAUCCAUUGUCAACAACUCCUGUGCUUCAGGAUAGAAGACAAACUUUGAGGGUUAGGAAAAGACUUCCUUUGUGAGCAGGUCAUUCUGUCACCACAUUCUCCAGUUUUCUUCUGAAGCAGCUGGUCUUGGCCACUGUCCAGAGACAAGAUACUGCCUCGAUCAGGGA